AAACAGUGUGAAUCACUCAAAAUCACUGAAAUCAAAGCCCCAGCUUCUCCUCCGAUUUGGUUUCCAAACAAAAAUUGGACUGAGGGACGACUCGCGAGUCAGAUUGGGCCGGUCAGCCACCAUUGCCGUCCUCCCGCCACAAUCCACAACGGAUAGAACUGAAGAUUCGAAAGCCAGAGACCCUGAACUCGUCAUUUUCUUUUACCAUUAACUAUGGAGUCUAUAGGCGUCCUGAUGCCCAUUCCGAUGAAUCCUUAUCUCGAGACUGAGCUCGAGAAGCGCUUCAACCUUUUCAAGCUCUGGACCUUACCCAACAAAACCCAGUUCAUCAAGGACCACGCUGAAUCCGUCCGAGCCAUCAUCGGGAACUCCUUCUCCGGUGCCGACGCCGACACGAUCAGCACCUUCCCCAAUUUGGAGAUCGUCUCCAGCUUCAGCGUCGGGAUGGAUAAGGUCGAUUUGAAUUUGUGCAAGGAGAAGGGUAUUCGAGUCACCAAUACGCCUGACGUGUUGACCGAUGACGUGGCUGACCUCGCCAUUGGACUCAUGCUUGCUGUUCUGAGAAGAUUGUGUGAGAGUGAUCGGUACGUGAGAGCCGGCAAGUGGAAAAAGGGUGACUACAAGUUAACCACCAAGUUCACUGGAAAAAGAGUUGGGAUCAUAGGUUUGGGGAGAAUUGGGCUAGCAGUUUCCAAGAGAGCCGAAGCAUUCAGCUGUCCCAUAGCUUACUACUCCAGAUCAGAAAAGGCAGGCGUGAGCUACAAAUACUACCCAACUGUGACAGAGCUGGCAGCCAACUCCGACAUUUUGGUGGUUGCAUGUGCACUCACGGAGGAGACCCGCAACAUUGUCAACCGUGAAGUCAUUGACGCUUUGGGCCCAAAGGGUGUUCUCAUCAACAUCGGGAGGGGUCCUCACGUCGACGAACCUGAGCUGGUCUCAGCGCUGGUUGAGGGCCGGUUAGGUGGAGCUGGCCUUGACGUCUACCAAAAUGAGCCUGAAGUUCCUGAGGCGCUCUUUGGUCUUGAAAACGUUGUCCUCUUGCCUCAUGUUGGAAGUGGCACUAUCGAAACACGCCAGGGCAUGGCUGACCUGGUGGUUCGUAACCUGGAGGCUCACUUUCUGAAGAAGCCGUUGCUGACACCAGUGGUUUAGUAGUAGUAUUAGCAUGUGUCCUCUCGUACAUGAAUGUUAUUGUUAAGAUCUGAUUGGCUUUGGAGGCUUCCAUUCGAAUGAAACAAUAUGUAAUAAAUUUCCAAUUCUGAAUACAUUUCUGCUUUGCCCA